CCACACCCCCGGCAGCGAUACCCACCACAACUCAGGUGUCAGCGGCCGGGCCUGAUCCCAGAGUCAUGCCUGGGCAUGUGCCUCCGCCCGUCUCCAAACCUCAGGACCCCAUACAAGCUUUGGUUGCACAAAUGCAAACAUCUUCGGCUGCAAGCAGCACAGCCAUGACAUCUUCAGAUGGAUUACCAACAUCACAGCUGACAGCAACAUCAAUGGCAGCAGAAAAUCCUCUCCAGAAGUUGUUAAUGCAACUUCAGCGCGGCCAGCAACCGGGCAUGGGACCAAUUGUGCCUCCUAGUGGCCCACUAGGGGUGGCUGUCUCUGGAGGUGCUGUGCCAGGAAUGCCUGCUGCAGGUAUUCCCCUAGACAAGCCCCCAGAACAGCAGUUUGAUGCUAUCCAGUCCUUGAUGCAGCAGCUGACCAAGAUGCAACCUCCCACUCCAGAACAGGAAGAGCAGCAGAGAAGACUUGAGGAAGACCAGAAGCGCAUAGAGGAAGAGCGGAGACGCCUGGAGGACCAGAAGAGAGUUGAGGAGGAGAUAAAGAUGGAAGAAAUGAGACUAAAAGAGGAACUGAAACGCCAAGAAGAGCAGCGAAGAACUUUGGAAGCCCUCCGUCGGCAGCAUGAAAAGGAGAAAAUGAGGUUAGAAGAGGAGAGACGGAAGAUCAAAGAAGAGCAGAUUAGGAGACAGGAGGAAAUAAGGAGAAUUGAAGAAGAAAAGUUGAGGAAAGAAGAAGAGGAGAAGAGAAAGAUCCAGGACCAGCAGAGAGCAGCUGAGGUGAAGCGGAGGCAGGAGGAAGUGCGUCAAGAAGAGCUGCGACAGGAGGAGCUUAGGAGACAGCAGCAGCAGAAGCAAAAGCAGGAAGAAGCUACUAGAAGGAAAGAGGAAGCAAGAAGGAAAGAAGAAGCAAGACGCCAGGAAGAGGCAAGGAGACAAGAGGAAGAGAGGAGACGGCAAGAGGAGGAGAGGAGGAGGCAGGAGGAGGAGAGAAGAAGACGUGAGGAGGAAGAGGAGGCACGACAGCAAGCCCAGAUUCAGGAAGAGAUGAGGAGGAUUGCUCUGGAGGAAGAACGCAGACACAUGCAACAGAUAGAAGAGGAAGAACGCAAGCGCCAGGCUGAAGAGGAAGAGAGGCGGCACCAGCAUCUCCUGCAGGAGCACCUCAAAAAUAUAUUACCAGCAUGGAACAAACCACCUCCAGUGGCAACACCUGAGGCUGCACCUGCACCAUCUCUUGCAGAUAUUCAGAGAGCGCAGGAAGAGAAAGAGAGAAGGGAGCGUGAGAUGGAGCAACAGAUGCAGCAACAGAGACAAAGAGAAGCACAGAGACAAGCAGCCGAGGAAGCCAGGCAGAAGAACGCAGGGUUAAAGUGGGCAGCUCGUGCUCAGGCCAAUCCAGCAUCACAACAGCCUGUCAAUCCCUCUUAGAGAUCCAGGCUGAGGAGGAGAAGGAGCUUAAGAAGAGACAGGAGAAGGAGGCUGCCGAACGUGCAGCUGCUGUCAGCCACCUGAGUCUGGGAGCUGCAGGUGUUUGGGGUUCAGCCAUGUCCAACCUCUCCUGGGCCAACCGUGCCUCCACGGCUGCUCCCUCACCCUCACCCAACAAUAUGU